GCUUAUAAACUCAAUAAAAUAACAAAACCUAAUACCACAAGUCAAGUAUGAGGGAGUUGGUGAAGGUGGUAGCAGUAGGUAGAGAAUUGACAAAACAAGCGAACUACUCAGGCCACAUUGUUUCUUGCUUUAUCUACUUUGCUAUUUCCCUGUCUUGCAGUUUCAAAAUUUUCAAACACCUUUGCCAAAACAUGAAAGCUGCAGCGCAGUUGGGACGAUCUUAUCCAUCCGAACAAAACACGUAGAGAACUGACACGUGCAAAAUUAAUCGCUCGGAAUGGCAGAGCUCAUGUACUAUUCUAACAAGCAAGGUUGUGUCUCAAAAGCAGUCUGAAACCAUACCAAUGCCUCCAGUUUCUGUCGGAGUUGAUCAUGUGAACGGUAAUAACAGCACUGCACGUGUCCCGCAUCAUCAUCAUCAGAAGCCUCUUAGCGUCACUGAUCUCUCUCCAGCUCCCAUGCACGGAUCUAACCUACGCGUCGCGUAUCAAGGCGUUCCCGGGGCUUACUCUGAGGCAGCCGCCGGUAAGGCUUACCCUAACUGUCAAACUGUCCCUUGCGAUCAGUUUGAAGUUGCGUUUCAAGCGGUAGAGCUCUUUAUCGCUGAUCACGCUGUUCUACCCGUUGAGAACUCUCUCGGCGGUUCCAUCCACCGUAACUAUGAUCUUCUCCUCCGCCACCGUCUCCACAUCGUCGGAGAAGUCCAUCUCCCUGUUCACCACUGUCUCCUAGCUCUUCCCGGCGUACGCAAGGAGCUCCUCACGCGCGUGAUCUCACACCCUCAAGGUCUCGCUCAGUGCGAGCGCACACUCACAAAGCUCGGUCUCAACGUCGCUCGCGAGGCUGUGGACGACACCGCGGGAGCCGCUGAGUUCAUCGCCGCCAACAAACUCCACAACAUGGCCGCGAUAGCGAGCGCACGCGCCGCCGAGAUUUACGGGCUGGAGAUUUUGGAAGACGGGAUACAAGACGACGUGAAUAACGUGACGCGCUUCGUGAUGCUGGCGCGUGAGCCUAUCAUACCGAGAACUGAUCGUCCGUUCAAGACGAGCAUUGUCUUCUCGCAUGAGAAAGGUACUAGCGUGCUUUUCAAGGUACUUUCUGCUUUUGCGUUUAGGGACAUCAGCUUGACGAAGAUCGAGUCUAGGCCGAAUCACAACCUUCCGAUCAGGCUCGUUGAUGAUGUGAACGUAGGGACGGCUAAGCAUUUCGAGUACAUGUUUUACGUGGAUUUUGAGGCUUCGAUGGCGGAGACGCGUGCUCAGAACGCGCUCUCGGAGGUUCGGGAGUUCACGUCGUUCUUGCGUGUGUUGGGAAGUUAUCCCAUGGAUAUGACUCCUUGGUCACCAUCAUCCUCAACAUAAGACACUGCUUUGUGGCGAAAAAAAAAACAUACAAGUUGUAAUGAAAGCAUGGAGAAA